AUCCAUCAUGAUUGAAGACAAUAAGGAGAACAAAGACCAUUCCUUAGAAAGGGGAAAAGCAACUCUCAUUUUUUCCUUAAAGAAUGAAGUUGGAGGACUUAUAAAAGCACUGAAAAUCUUCCAGGAGAAACAUGUGAACCUGUUACAUAUCGAGUCCCGAAAAUCAAAGAGAAGAAAUUCAGAAUUUGAGAUUUUUGUUGACUGUGAUAUCAACAGAGAACAAUUAAAUGAUAUUUUUCAUCUGCUGAAGUCUCAUACUAAUGUUCUCUCUGUGAAUCCACCAGAUAAUUUUACUGUGAAGGAAGAUGGUAUGGAAACUGUUCCUUGGUUUCCAAAGAAGAUUUCUGACCUGGACUUUUGUGCUAACAAAGUUUUGAUGUAUGGAUCUGAACUAGAUGCGGACCAUCCUGGCUUCAAAGACAAUGUUUACCGUAAAAGACGGAAGUAUUUUGCAGAGUUGGCUAUGAGCUAUAAACAUGGAGACCCCAUUCCCAAAGUUGAAUUCACUGAAGAAGAGAUUAAGACCUGGGGAACCAUUUUUCGGGAGCUCAACAAACUCUACCCAACCCAUGCUUGCAAAGAGUAUCUCAAAAACUUACCUUUGCUUUCUAAAUAUUGUGGAUAUCAGGAAGAUAAUAUCCCACAAUUGGAGGAUGUCUCAAAUUUUUUAAAAGAGCGCACAGGGUUUUCCAUUCGUCCUGUGGCUGGUUACCUAUCACCAAGAGAUUUCCUAUCAGGUUUAGCCUUUCGAGUUUUUCACUGCACUCAAUAUGUGAGACACAGUUCAGAUCCCCUCUAUACCCCAGAACCAGAUACCUGCCAUGAACUCUUAGGUCAUGUUCCCCUGUUGGCUGAACCUAGCUUUGCUCAGUUCUCCCAAGAAAUUGGCCUGGCAUCUCUUGGAGCUUCAGAGGAGGCUGUUCAAAAACUGGCAACGUGCUACUUUUUCACUGUGGAAUUUGGUUUGUGUAAACAAGAUGGGCAGCUAAGAGUCUUUGGUGCUGGCUUACUUUCUUCUAUCAGUGAGCUCAAACAUGCACUUUCUGGACAUGCCAAGGUAAAGCCCUUUGAACCCAAGAUUACCUGCAAACAAGAAUGUCUAAUUACAACUUUUCAAGAUGUCUAUUUUGUAUCUGAAAGUUUUGAAGAUGCAAAGGAGAAGAUGAGAGAAUUUACCAAAACAAUUAAGCGUCCAUUUGGAGUGAAGUAUAAUCCAUACACACAGAGUAUUCAGAUCUUGAAAGACACCAAAAGCAUAACCAGUGCCAUGAAUGAAUUGCGCCGUGAUCUUGAUGUAGUCAGUGAUGCCCUCACUAAGGUCAGCAGACAGCUGAGUAUGUGAUGGUCGCCAGUCCUCGUCCAGAAAGCAUCUGAGCAUCAGUUCAGAGCCUGUGCACUAACUCUUGCUUUUCUUGAAGACCUGAUUGUGGAGGCACAGCAUUUCUGACUAAGCAACCACUAGUCUUUGAAAAUGUGUACCCAGGAUACUCUAUAUCAUCUAUUUUUUUUGUUUUGUUUUGUUUUGGCUUGUAUUUUGGUAACUGCUUUAGUUAAAUAUAACUUACAUACUAUGUAAUUCAUCCAUUUUUAGUAGAAGAAAUUGUUUGACCCAAUGGAUAGACCUAGUCUCAACCUGCCUCUAUUUCUCCAGGCCUUCUUGAGUAAAAUGACCUUUAUGAUCACUUAGAAUAUCUUGACGAGUGUUAUGGAGCUGAUCCAUAUUCCUGCCUGUAUCUGUUACUUAUCACUUAAUGUGUGCCAACCUCAACCAUGUUCACACACUUAAAUUUAAUACAUCAGCUGUUCCUGUUGCUAGCAUGAGAAAAAAAAAAGAGAUCUUUACACAUCGAAUGUGCCUAGUAAAGAGCAAGUAAUUUUGAGUGUAGCAUCUUAUAGGGAUAUAGAAGUACUUAAGUCUGGAAAGGCUGAUUGGGGCAUAAUUCUUAAGACUAGUCUAAUAAUUUCACAUUUUAUUUUAUAGGUACUAGAGAGAUCCUUCCCAAAUGACUGUCCUCCUUGAACCUCUUUCCUUUCUGUGACAUUACAUCAUUCUGGUUUUGUUCUAGAUUAUUAUAAGGCCUAGGGGAACUUGGUGGGGGUGUCACUUGCAAGGCCCUGUACUCAGACAUGUAGUCCCACGUAACAUGCUGGUAUUUUCUUAGGCUAGCAGGGCAGUGUUAUCAAAGGGAGAGUUUAAAUUGAGACAGACGAAAGAAAUACAAGGUUUCUGAGAAUUUUAUUUUCAAGAUAUAAGGUGAGGCUAAGAAAUAAAAAGGCAAACAAUGAGGGUAGAAGGUGGGGAAAAGGGGAGCAAGUAGAAUGUCCAAAAGGUGAAGAGCAGUUUAAGUCUGAACCUAUAAAUAUGUAAGGAUUGCAGGGACUGGUGUUUAUGUGGUGUUAGCUGUGUAGCCUAGGGAUAAGUAGUUGUGUUAGCGUCUCAUUGCUGUAACAAAAUAACUGAGAUAAUAAACUUAUAAAGAGGAAGGCUUAUUUUGGCUUAUAGUUUUGGAGAUUUCAGUCCAUGGUUGGCUGACCCUAUUGUUUUUAGGCAGUACAUCAUGGUGGGAACACAUGACAGAGAAAAACCAU